AUGAGUGAUAGAGUAUUACUAAAAGUAUACUACUUUGGUCAGAUCUUGUUACAAACGACUGAAGGAGUUAAAUUUAUUUGUGAAAAUCCACUAGAUGUUGUUAUUCCCUUUGUUAUCUCAUUUGAAGAGUUGAAAGGUGUAAUAUGUGAAAAGAUUGAUUCUGAGAGGGCAAGAAAGAUAUCGUGUAUGCUAUACAGAUAUCCCAUACCGGUGUUUGGUGGAUUCGUCCAGUAUCAAACCAAAUAUGUGACGGACGAAGCGAGCAUGCAGGAGAUGUUUUCAAUGUAUUUUGAAAAUCGGUUCCAGAUCUCGUGGAUCAAGAUGUAUGUUGAGUUCGAACAAUCUGAGGCAGACCGGAAUAUUCUACGGGAAGAUUAUAAUAGUGACAGUGAGGAAGAGUUCGAAAGCAACUAUGAAUUUGUUGCUCCAAAUGGAGAUGAAGAUGAAGGUGACGCACCCAUGGCCCCAGAUGUCACGGAAGUGGCAAAUGCACUCGGGAACGAAGUUCCGUUUGAGGAGCCAUCCUUCAUGCGAAUUUUAGACCUGGAAGCCAUGCAUGUUCCAGAAUUUCCAGAAUAUAUGACUGCAGCAGAAAUUCCUAUUGUGGAAGACGGUGAAUUUGGCGUAGGUAUGGAGUUCAGUUCAAGAGAAGCUGUUAUUAAGGCGGUAAAAGACUAUAGUAUACGACGAAGCGUAGACUACCGGGUGUUUGAGUCUGAGCCGUUGACAUUUUAUGCCAAGUGUACACAAUAUGGGUCAGGGUGUGAUUGGCUUAUUAGGGUUAGCUUGAUCAGCAGGAGGUACUGUUGGGUUAUAAGGAGGUAUAAUGGUAGUCACAUAUGUACUAGAGCCACCAUUUCACAGGAUCAUUCGAAGCUGGAUUCUAUCACAAUUGCAGAAGCAAUUAAGCCACUGGUUGAGGCGGACCCAGCAUUGAAGGUAAAAUCGGUUAUAGCUGAAGUCCAAUCGAAGUUCAACUACACCGUCAGUUACCGGAAAGCAUGGUUGGCUAAGCAAAAAGCAGUUGAAAAAAUAUUUGGUGGUUGGGAGGCAUCUUAUGAAGCGUUGCCAAUAUGGUUUGAGACCAUGUGUCACAAGGAGCCAUCAACUGUUGUCUAUUUUGAGACUAUGCCUGCAUAUCAAGGGGAUGAGUUGGUGGGUGAUAUUCGGGUGGAUGGGACGCACUUAUACGGAAAGUAUAAGGGUUGUUUGCUUGUGGCAAUUUCACAAGAUGGCAACAACAAUAUCGUCCCAAUUGCAUUUGCUAUUGUGGAGGGAGAGACCUCUGAUGCAUGGCAUUUUUUUCUUAGCAACCUUCGUCAACAUGUUGUAACUCGUGAUGGUGUGGGACUAAUAUCCGACAGGCACGAAUCCAUAAAUGCGGCUAUGGAACGCAGUAACGGAGCGUGGUCACCUCCAAGAGCUUUUCAUAUGUUUUGCAUCAGGCAUAUAGAGUCAAACUUCUUGAGAAAGUUCAAGGCACCGUACCUCCAAAAAUUGGUCGUGAACAUCGGAUAUUCUAGGACGGUGCGGGAGUAUGAGGUGCGUUACGAACGGUUACGGGAACGUGGUGAGGCGUACACAAACUGGUUAAACCGAAUUCCUCGCGAGCAGUACGCAUUGGCCUUCGAUGGUGGGUAUCGAUGGGGGCACAUGACAACGAAUCUUGUGGAGUGCAUUAAUUCAGUUUUGAAGGGUGCACGCAAUCUCCCCAUAACUGCUCUUGUGAAGGCAACAUUCUACAGGCUAAAUGAGUUAUUCACCCGAAAAAGAGCGGAGGCGGAAGCAAGGAUCAAUGCUGGGCAUGUGUUCUCUGAAAUCGUGACCUCCAAGUUGCAUGCAAACCAACUUGCAUCAGGAAAUAUUCAGGUUAGUUGCUUUGACCGCCAGAAUGAGGUCUUUGAGGUUCGGGAGAUGCCAAGUGGAAUGGAGUUUGCAGUCGAUCUACGUGGCCUACGAUGUGACUGUGGUGAGUUCCAGGUGGACAGGAUCCCCUGCAGACAUGUAUUCGCAUGUUGUGCCAACCAGCGACUGGAUUGGCAAAUGUAUGUACAUGAUGUGUAUAAGAUGGACCAAGUGCGGCGGGUGUACCGAGCAAGGUUUAGGCCACUGGGUAAUCCUACUACAUGGCCUGCUUACAUAGGACCUAGGUUCAUUCCGAAUCCGUACCUAAGACGGGUGACGAAGGGUCGCCCAAGGAUGACGCGUUUUCUGAAUGAGAUGGACACGCGAAUGUUACGUCGUCCUAGGAGAUGUACUUUAUGUGGGGCUGAAGGACAUAGUCGUAGCAGAUGCCGUCAGACAGGUGCUACGAAUACCAACAGAGGUGCCCCUUAG